AUGAAGUUCCUGCUGUCUGUUGCGGCCCUUGCGGCUGCUGUUGCCGAAGCACACUACACAUUGCCCUCUAUCAAUGGCGGGGCCGACUGGGCCAACGUCCGCAAGACCUCAAACUAUCAAUCCAACGGCCCGGUGACGGAUGUAUCCUCCUCGGCGAUGACCUGCUACCAACUCGCUGCCGGUAACGAGGGCGCUACAACCGUCAAUGUCCAAGCUGGCUCCUCCGUGGCUUACAACGUCAAGGCGAGCGUCUCUCACCCCGGCCCAUUCUCCGCGUGGCUGGCAAAGGUGCCCUCGGGCCAGACUGCUGCGACGUAUGAUGGAUCUGGAGCAAACUGGUUCAAGAUUUAUCAAGACUACCCCACGGUAGCUUCGAACGGCUUGACAUGGCCAUCACAAGGAAAAUCCACUAUAAACAUCCCAAUCCCCAAGUGUGUCGCAAACGGCGAAUACCUGCUCAGAGCCGAGCACAUUGCCCUCCACUCGGCCAGCUCGGUCGGCGGGGCACAGCUGUAUCUGUCAUGCGCACAGAUUAACGUCUCUGGCGGAUCUGGGACAGCGAAUCCCACCAAGGUGUCCUUCCCUGGGGCGUACAAGGCCAACGACCCUGGUCUGGUCGUCAACAUCUACUACCCCGUCCCUACCAACUACCAGCCCCCUGGACCGGCUCCCCUCACAUGUUGA